GGGCUGGCGGAGCGGGGCUCCCUGGCGCCCCCUGGCCCGGGCGGCGGGUUUCCGCUGAGCCGCAGUGGCGAGCGCUGACUCCCUCCUCCUGAGCAGCGGCUUCUCCUCCGGCUGAGCCCCGACUCCCCGGCUCAGGUUUGGAGGCUGCGAUGAUAAUGCUGCUUGUCUUUGGAGUGUUGCUUCAUGACCUCCCACUGAGUCGCCCCCAGGAGGCUUCGCCCCAGGUGGGGGCCGAGGGCGCCCAGGGCGGGCCUGGGUUUGACUACGCCAGCAUCCGCCUGCCCGAGGAGCACCUCCCCUUCUUUUUGCACAACAAUGGGCAUGUUGCCAGCGUCUGUAAGAAAGACCCACACUGCCCUUAUAAGAAACACUUAGAAAACCUGAAGUACUGCUGGGGCUAUGAGGAAUCCUGCAGACCCGAGUUCCGGUUCAGCUACCCGGUCUGCACCUACGUGGACAUGGGAUGGACGGAUACCUUGGAAUCAGCCCGGGACACGUUCUGGGAGCAAGCGGACUUCGGCUACGCGGGCGCACGGAGGCGGGAGCUGCGGGAGCUCUGCCGGCCCCAGCAGACGAGUGACUCGAGUCUGGUAUGUUCCCGCUACCUUCAGUAUUGCAGAGCAACCAAUCUCUACCUUGACUUAAGAAACAUCAAGAGAAACCAUGACAGGUUUCAGGAGGAUGUUUUCCAGACUGGUGAAAUUGGAGGACACUGUAAGCUUGAUGUGCAUACAUUGAUGUCUGAAGGUCAGCGCAAAAGCCCCUUGCAGUCUUGGUUCGCUGAGCUCCAGAGCUACACUCAGCUCAACUUCAGACCAAUAGAAGAUGCUAAGUGUGACAUUGUGGUUGAGAAACCAGCCUACUUCAUGAAAUUGGAUGCAGGUGUUAACAUGUAUCACCACUUCUGCGACUUCCUGAACCUGUACCUCACUCAGCACGUGAACAACUCCUUCAGCACCGACGUGUACGUCGUGAUGUGGGACACGAGCACCUAUGGCUACGGGGACCUCUUCUCUGACACGUGGAAGGCAUUUACGGAUUAUGACGUGAUUCACCUGAAAACCUAUGACUCCAAAAGGGUGUGUUUUAAAGAAGCGAUCUUUUCCCUGCUCCCCCGGAUGAGAUAUGGGCUCUUCUAUAACACCCCUCUGAUUUCUGGCUGCCACAGCACCGGGCUGUUCCGGGCGUUUUCCCAGCAUGUGCUACACAGACUGAACGUCACACAGGAGGGACCCAAGGAUGGAAAAAUCAGAGUCACCAUUCUUGCGCGGAGCACAGAGUACCGGAAAAUACUCAACCAAAAUGAGCUCGUGAACGCACUGAAAACAGUCUCCACAUUUGAAGUCCAGAUUGUCGAUUACAAAUAUAAGGAACUUGGGUUUUUAGAUCAGCUAAGGAUCACCCAUAACACGGAUAUAUUUAUUGGAAUGCAUGGAGCUGGUCUUACCCAUUUGCUUUUCCUUCCGGACUGGGCUGCUGUAUUUGAACUGUACAACUGUGGAGACCAGCGCUGCUACCUGGACCUGGCCCGGCUCCGCGGCGUCCACUACGUCACCUGGCGCAGGCAGAACAAAGUCUUUCCUCAGGACAAGGGCCACCACCCCACUCUGGGGGAACAUCCGAAGUUUACCAACUACUCCUUCGACGUCGAAGAGUUUAUGGACCUUGUCCUGCAGGCUGCAGAGCACGUAUCGCGACACCCGAAGUGGCCAUGGAGGAGCAGACGAGACGAGCUGUGACUGCGGCUGUCUGCAGGGGGCGCCCUCCAGCCCCUCCAGCCUCUCAGACCAGCCUCAGGGCUCUGCCUGUGGGCUUUCCGCUGUUUCCUGUGACACUUGUGUCACUGCUCUUUGUCAAGAUCCUCUUUUUGUACUGAAAUGACUUUUUGAGUUCAAAAACUGGCCAUGGCUCGCUGAGGGAUUGAGCUGUCUUCUUCGGGGAUCCAAGCACUCAACUUCUCAGCGUCAGAAUCUCUAACUGGUUCUGUGGGCCACCUCAGGGUGGUUCAUUCUAGAGGCUCCACUUGGUUAUGAUGUCGGAGUAAAUUCACCAUGGCCUUUAUUUGUCAUAAUUUAUUCAUAGCACUGCUUGUGGUAGGAAAGGGAAGCAUGCAGCACCCACACACAUCCACCCCUCACACCCACACAUACACCCACAUACUUACACACACACUUACACACAUGCACCCUCACACCCACACAUACACCCACACACCUACUCACAGACACACUUACACACAUCCACCCUCACACCCACACAUACACCCACACACCUACACACACACACAUACACCCACACACCUACUCACACCCACACUUACACCUACACUCACACCCACCACUCACACAUAGUUGCAUUCAUACACACACCCACACCCCAUGCACUCACACACAUCCCCACUCACAACCACAUACACACACAUGCACACCCACACACACCUACUCACACACACCUACACACACCCAUACACCCACUCUCACACACACCUACACACACUCACACACCCACACUUACACCCCCACAUGCACACACACCCCCCACACUCCACUCACACACAUUCACACUCACACUCCUUACAGCCCUCCCCACACAGGCACGAGUCUCAGUGCUGGGCCAUAGGAUGCACCUGCAGAUGAAUGUGCUGUAAGCAGAUCAGCUUCACUCUGUCCGAGCCCAGCGCCCGCACGGGUUCCCUGCUGUCUCUUCACUCUGUCCGAGCCCAGCGCCCGCACGGGUUCCCUGCUGUCUCUUCACUCUGUCCGAGCCCAGCGCCCGCAUGGGUUCCCUGCUGUCUCUUCACUCUGUCCGAGCCCAGCGCCCGCACUGGUUCCCUGCUGUCUCUUCACUCUGUCCGAGCCCAGCGCCCGCACUGGUUCCCUGCUGUCUCUUCACUCUGUCCGAGCCCAGCGCCCGCACGGGUUCCCUGCUGUCUCUUCACUCUGUCCGAGCCCAGCGCCCGCACUGGUUCCCUGCUGUCUCUUCACUCUGUCCGAGCCCAGCGCCCGCACGGGUUCCCUGCUGUCUCUUCACUCUGUCCGAGCCCAGCGCCCGCACUGGUUCCCUGCUGUCUCUCUUCGGUCGCCUGCAGGUCAUAGGCGCCAAGGGCCUGGAUGAAUCCUGCGGCUGUGCUAAUUUCUAGUCACAUAUUUCAUGCAAAUCAGGCUUCCCACGACGCACUGCCUGUGAUGAACGCACAUCAGCAGGUUCUCUAGGACUGCCUGGGACCUCCAGCGGGCUCGCACGGCUCCUUGCUGGGGAGCACGUCUGUCCAGCCCUGGUCUGUCCAGCCCUGGCCUCUGGCGUGGGCAUUGCAGCCGCAGGCCUGUGUGCGUGCCCCACCCUCUCCCGGGAGAAACCGUGUCCAGUAUUAGUGCAAACUUCCGAUGAGCCCCAUGGAGAGUCUUUCCUAUAAAAAGACACGUGUGCAUCGUCCAUUUCAAAUGCCAAGAAGCCUUGGGAAGUGCUGUCGAAGGAAGAGCAUGUCUGAAGUGCAGCCCAUCGGAAUGGGACUCAUUUCUGACUGUUUAUCGCUUGCUUUUGCAGUAAACAAUCAUGGGCUUCUCUUACUGCAAAAUGUGGUGUUUACAUUUUAUUAGCAACUGACUUGCCUAAUUUAGAGGCUGGUGACUUCUGUUUUUUAAAGUCGACUUUUAAAAAUUAGCAGAUUCCAGCAGAGCUAAGAACUCUUUUACAUUUUAGAGUUAUUGAAGAAAAGGAAAACGCGCCACAGGGCGUGACCGAGCGACCCAAACCAGCUAAGAGCGAGCCUGCUGCCCCCGCUUUAAAGGCUUAGGAACAGUCUCCUAGAGGUUAGGAAUAUUUAUUAAAACAUCUGCAAACGGUGCGCGGCUGUAGCAGUAGCUUUGAUUUGGCUCUUGAGAUUGUGUGAAAAGAAUGACAACAUGAGUUUUCAGUGAGGGAAUUGCUGCUGUGGUUUCUGCAGGGUCCCAAGUUGGCAGGGUCGCACUUUUAGUCAGAGACAUAAACAUCGGGAAAGUUAUCUUCUUACCUCAUUUUAAGAAGCGUGUGGAAAUGUGAUGCUAUUUAUUUGCUAGUAAUAGACGUGAGAAUUUCAGAAAUUGAGAACAAUUUUAUAAUAAAACUAUAAUAUUUGAAUAUUCUAUAUUUAAAGAGUAUGUUUUAUAUAAACAAAGUACAUUUGACACUAUGGAAUAACUUUUAUCAGACUUUUACGGUAGCAAAAGAAGCUUUCAAAUGUUAUAAAAUUUACAAUGUCAAGACUGCUCUUUUUACUAAGUCUUUAAAAGAGAUGCAUUUCAUAGUUUAUACAUUUGGGGAUUUGGGGUAUGGCUUUGGAAUAAAUUUUCAUAUAUUUUAUUUCAGUAGCAGACCAUUUUCAAGGUCUUCUGUGUCUGAAUGUUACAUGCUUGCUUUUUGGCAAUCCACCAGGUCUAGAUUAUAAAAAUUAAGUAGCUUGCUGAUGGAGAAUUCAGUUUAAAUAAAAAUUAUACCUCACAUUUA